AUGAAGAAGAAGCAUGAGGUUGAUUCAAAUAAGGAGGCUCCAAAGUAUCAAGAUAGGAAUGAAAAAGAACCAAUGAUAUUAGAAGAAAUGGUUGAUGAAGAGAAAGAUCUGAAGGUAAUUGAAAAUGAUGAAUUGCAAAGUGAUCCAUUGCCUACUUAUGAAUCCAUUCAAGAGAUUCUAGGAUUUUCUAAGCUUAGAAAUCUAUCAAUUAAUAUCCCAUUGCUAGAGGUCAUUCAAGAGAUUCUAGGAUUUGCUAAGCUUAUGAGGAUGUCAAUGUCAAAGAAAUGUCGUGUUGAUAGUAAAACCAUAGAAAUUACUCAUGUAUGUAGUGCUAUUAUGACUAGAAAUAUAGUGAAGCAUAAAGAGGAUCCUGGGGGCUUUACAAUCCCUUGCAAAAUAGGGACACACAAGUUUAACAAAGCCUUGUGUGACCUUGGUGCAAGCAUCAACCUCAUGCUCUACGCUAUCUAUCGAAAACUUAGGUCGGGAACUCCUACUCCAACAAUAAUGAGGCUAUUGAUGGUGGACUGGUCUAUCAAGAGACUGGUUAAAGUUUUGUUUGAUGUUUUAGUGAAGGUGGAACGCUUCAUUCUUUUGGCAAACUUCGUUGUGCUUGAUUUUAAAAUCAACCAAGAGAUACCUAUUAUCCUAGGAUGA